UUUUUCUCGUCCAAAACAUUACCAUUUUAUCACCGUUGACAUCAAACUGUCCUAAAAAACAACUCCCUUAAUACAAACGCACUUUAUUGCUUAUUAACGGAAAAAUGAAUUGCAGAUUUUAAUGCGGAACCUAUGUUCCUCUUCUUGUUUUGCCCGAAAAUGUUUGGAAUCGGACUAGGCUGCGUUGCUGAAAGACAAGCCCGUUUGUUUACUUUGAGGCGAAUAAAAUGUCGAUCCUGCCAGGACCAGAGCGUUCUGGAUGUUUAGAAAUACUGAAUUUGAUGUCAAAUGAGGACCUACUAUCACUGAGUGACACUGUCACCAAUAAAAUGAUUGCGGCGGAGGAUAUUACAGAGGCCAGAGCGACAAUCCUCUCCUUCUCUAAAAGUGCAGAGGAGCUGCUGAAAAGGAAGAAGGUCCACCGUGAGAUUAUAUUCAAGUACCUAGCCAAAGAGGGGGUGGCAAUGCCCCCCAGUAGUGAGAAACACCUGUUGGUGAAGAGGACCCUGGAGCUAUGGUCAAGUGCAGAGAGAGCGACAGAUGACCCCACGAAGAGACCAACGCCAAACACAGACAUCGAAACAGCAAACGUGAAGGCUGACGGUGACUGCGACACUUGGAUUCUGGGGCAGCAGUUCUGCAUUUGGUUUUUCCAGCUUUUGAACAGUCAAAACCCAUCACUGGGCCACCAAGCUCAAGACUGGGGACCACAGCACUUCUGGCAAGAUGCGAAACUCCGCCUUGUUGCCAGCGCUGGCAAUGACCAUUUGGAGGAGUUUGUGGGUGCAGAUCUGGUCAGCAGCCGUCUACUGGCCUUGACCAAGGAGGAGCGCCUCUAUUUCAGCCCCAAUUUGGAGCCGCGCGGCCUCAAGGCACUGUCCUCCCCCCACGGCCUGGUUGUGGUGGCUGUUGCCGGAACUAUCCACAGAGACACCGUCUGCCUUGGCAUGUUUGAGGAAGUAGUUGGACUUAUUCGCGCCCCGCUGGAUAACAGCAACUGGAAGAUCAAGUUUAUCAACAUGAAGAUCCGAGGGCAGGAUGCUUUGGGUGGUACGCAGACAACAGAACCAACCUUGACUUAUGACUCCAGUGAACUGAAGAUGCUCAGUACUUUAUGAUGAUGUCUGUUUCAUGUUUUACAUUUUACAAGUUUAACUGAAAACUUUUGUAUUUAUGAACAUAACCAAAUCAUACUGGGUUUGGCUCUUCUUAGAAUAAUGCCAAUGUGUGUGCUUCAGUCGAUUCGGAUGCAUUACUUAAAGCAUGAAAAGAAGUUCUUUUUUUUUUCACGACCAAUUCUUAUAGAUUUUUUAGAUUUUACUUUACCAUGUUGAAAGAUUUGUUGAUAGAUCUGUUAGAUUUUAUUUGACCAUCUUUUAAGAUUUGUUGAUAUCUGCCCUCAUGACAACCAUCACAUAAAUAUGUAUAUAUCAAAUAAAGCAUUUAUAUUGGU